UUAACGCAGCGCGCGCGGCCGCUUUUCCGGGUUCACGCUCGCGCGGCGUGAAGAAGGAGGCGGGAGACACGCGCACACCGGAGCACCGACGCACACACGCAGGGUAUCGAUCCGAGGAUAUCGAUCGGCGAUCAGUGAAGCAUGGGGAACCUGAUCAAGGUGCUGACCAGAGACAUCGACAACAACGGGGGGAACUUCUUCCUGGACUUUGAGAACGCCCAGCCCUCGCAGUCGGAGACGGCGGUGUGGGAGGAGGUGAACCAGACGCUGACGGAGGCCCGGCUGGUCCUGGACCACCUGCAGGCCUACAGAGGAGCGGGGGAGGAGAUACGACAGGUGCGUACUUGUACUGCAGUGCACGGCGCUUCUUGUACCUCACGCGAGUACUUUUACUAUUUAGACGGUUACACGAGUUUAAAAGAAUCUGAUGUUUGUGUUACACAAGAACACCUGAACCCAUCAGUCAAUGAAUCAAUGAAUCAAUGAAACAAUGAAUCAAUAAUUAAAUUAAUUAGUCGGUGAAUCAAUGAGACUGUGGUUCGGUUGGUCAACACAUCAAUGACACUAAACAUUCACUGGUUGCAUUUAAUAUUGUUUCCUGUGUGGAAGUACUUUUACAUUGUGGUAAAGUAUAU